GAAAGAAAGAUGCAUAAGAUGAGCAGAAGCCGUGGACGCAAAACCAAAAUAAACAAUAAUUUUAACUUUUGCAUUUGUCAUCACCAUUCACCUCCCUAUAUAACACCUCAGCACCAACGCAACAAACAAGCAUGGCUUCAUUCUUCCCCCUUGCAUGCUUCUUCGUCUCCAUCUGCCUCAUACUUUCUCAAUCCAACGCCGGCAAGAUCGCCAUCUACUGGGGCCAAAACGGCAACGAAGGCACGCUGGCCGCCACCUGCGCCACCGCCGACUACGACUUCGUAAUCAUAGCCUUCCUCCCUACCUUUGGCAAUGGCCAGACCCCCAUCAUCAACCUCGCCGGCCACUGCGACCCAUACUCAAACGCCUGCACUAACCUCACCUCCGACAUCAACUCCUGCCAAUCCAAGGGCAUCAAAGUCAUCCUCUCCAUCGGCGGCGGCGCCGGGAGCUACUACCUCAACUCAACCGAUGACGCCAAACAAGUCGCCACCUAUCUCUGGAACAACUUCCUCGGCGGCCAGUCGUCGUCCCGCCCCCUAGGCGACGCUGUUUUAGACGGCGUUGACUUCGACAUCGAGGGAGGGACCAACCUCUACUGGGACGACCUAGCGCGGUAUCUUUCUAAUUACGGAAAGCGCGGCGGCGGCAGGAAGGUUUAUCUGAGCGCGGCGCCGCAGUGCCCGUUCCCCGAUUACUAUAUCGGGAAGGCUCUGCAGACGGGGCUGUUCGACUACGUGUGGGUGCAGUUCUACAACAACCCUCCUUGCCAGUAUUCUUCGGGCAUGGACAGCCUUGAGAAGGCGUGGAAGCAGUGGAACUCGGUUCCCGCGGGGGAGAUUCUGCUGGGAUUGCCGGCGUCGGCGGAGGCGGCGGGAACUGGAUUUGUUCCGGCGGGAACACUUACUUCCACAGUGCUUCCUGCGAUUAAGGGCUCUGCCAAAUAUGGAGGUGUGAUGCUGUGGUCCAAGUACUAUGACAAUGGUUAUAGUUCUGCUAUCAAGAAUGCCGUUUGAUUAAUUUUAUCACUUUAUGUACGCGUGUGUCAUCAUCAUAUGUUUCUUUUCUGAUUUUACGGAUAUAAUAUGUGUAAAUAUCACUCUAAAUACAUUAUAUAACAAAACUAUCACGAUCUUCGAUUUCCAACGAGAAAGAAGUGAGCUGAAAC